AUGAAAGUUUUCGAGUUGAUAGGAGGGAUGGUCAUCCUUGCCUCUGUGUUCUCAGCCUGUUCCACACAAAGCCCAAUGACUGUACUGUGCUCUAUAGACUGGUUCAUGGUCACUGUCCACCCCUUCAUGUUGAAUAAUGAUGUGUAUGUACACUUCCAUGAGUUACACUUGGGCCUAGGGUGCCCUGCCAACCAUGUCCAGCCACAUGUCUACCAGUUCACCUACCGCGUUACCGAAUGUGGCAUCCGUGCCAAGGCUAUCUCUCAGGACAUGAUUAUGUACAGCACUGAGUUGCACUAUGCUUCGAAGGGUACCUCUUCUAAGUAUGUGAUCCCAGUGUCAUGUACUGCUCCCCAACGGUCCCCAUGGCUUACUCUGCCCUGUUCUGUAAAAGUAGCCAGUGAGGCUGGGGCCACAGCCCAGAAUGGUGAGGCAAGCUACGAGGUGUUCACCUUGUCACAGUCUAGCCAAAGGCCCGACUGCGACUGUCCACCUUGUGUGUUCAAUGAAGAAGGGCAUGCCCAGGCUGCACAUCACCAAGUGGAGGAUGAGGAGGGCCAGCUGGUGCUGCCAUCUUCCUCUGUUGAUAUUUCCGAGGAUUGGUCUCUUCGCUCAGACGAUCUCCUUGAGUCCAUGUGAUCCCCAGGUUUGGUCUGGGGGGGUCUCCUGUAGAUAGAUGCUUUUUCUAACAUUAGUAUAGAGUAUUUUUGAAUAUCAGACAAAUGUGUUUUGGAAGCCCCCUUAUGAGUGCCUUUGAGAGAGGGCAGUUCGUGGUUGUUUCUUGAAUAAAGCUGUUUUAUAUUUUUAUAU